AACCCGCCAGCGCGCCGACUGCGCCAAGGUUCCACCCCGCAAAUAUCCUUCCGACCCCUCAAAGAGACGAGUUUCUUGAGAGCCGAGACGAUAAUGAUUCCAUGUCGUUCCCUCCCAAGACUUUCAGGACUCCGUACUGGCAUAGUUGACGCUUUCCUGUUCUCCGAACCUUGUUUCUCAGCAAAGCGACAUGAAUUUGUCACAUUCAUUCGAACACGCGUCGCCAAGGCGCAUCAAGCGCCGGAAGUUGGAGCCGACCUCUCGCUGUGCGAGAAUUGUCGAUCACUCGACCUUUAUGCCAUUUUUGAGAAAGCUUCACGGAAGUUUCAGGAUGCUAGAGAAGAGAGCCCGGCGUGGGACAUGAAAGAUACAGUGUUUUUGGCCGUUGUCCCAGACCAUGAGAUGCUUCCCCUUACUGGUCACGGAGUGCAGUGGAUGGUGAGGUACAUUCCUCGGACAGGAGUGGUAUACCGACUGGGUGCGGAUGAGGAACGGGAUCCAGAUAUCGACGUCUUAGCCCGCCCUAAGGAGUUACGUUCAGAGGAGGCAAACCUUGCCCUCGCGAAAGAAUGCUUGACGCAUGCUAUUAGUACCAUGGCGGUACCUCUAGGAGACGGGGCAAACAUGAACCCGUCACAAGGGGCUUUCGGCUGAUCGAUUGCACGGCCGGUCCACCCAAGGUCGGACCCCACCCGUGGGGAACCAAAAUGGCCGAAAACCGUGCUGGACGCUGUUGCAGUGAC